AUGAAUCUCAGAGUUCAGCUGGACAGUGCAAACGGAGAGACACCUAAUCUUCGAGCCCCACGUUGGGCACCAUUUGCAGGUGUACUGAAGAGCAGGGUCUCUGUGAUGGCAAGCCACAGAUCUUUAUUUAGGGUUAAACGCCACUUACAGAGCUUCAGAGCCCGGAGCAGCCCCCGCCCUGCCUGGCAGCACAGAGCCCAGCAACACAACCAGCCAAUCAGCCCGGUGAUCACUCCGAGGCUGUCCAAUGAGCUGCCUGCUCAUGCGCUGGCCAUGCUGCAGCUCCCGCCUCUUCUGCUCAGCCCUGCCGGAGGAGACACUCCCAGUCACUGGCUCCAGGCUGACCCAAACACUUUUCUACAUUAUAACCAGAAGACUCUAGUCUUCAUCUUUUAUCAGGAGCCUGACUUAGGAGCUUGUCAAGUGGGGACAAAGAUGGGGACAGGGCUGGUAGUGCCCCCAGGGCCUGGACACUCAGGAAGGACAGAUAGCAGCAUAACGUGCCAUUGGGACGGCAUGAGACAAAAUAUCGAAGUGGUUGAAGAAUUUUGCCAGCUUACCGGGCUGCAGGUACAGGCCCCUAAAUGCCAUGGGUUUCUUAUUAGGACUACUAAAGACUCUUAUACCAUCAAUGACUGCAACCCAUGGUCAAUUGCAGAAACGCAAUUGGAUAUGAUAGAUCCGGGUAGUUCGGAGAAAUAUUUAGGCCUAGGGAUAGACCCCUGGGUGGGGAUAUCCAAGCCCGAACUAUGAGGGACACUGACCCGCUGGAUUGGAAACAUCGGGGGAGCCCCACUAAAGCCACUUCAGAAGGCGGAUAUCUUGAGGACUUAUGCAAUCCCAAGGCUGCUGUAUAGUGCCGAUCAUGCCGGAAUGAACGUCACAUACCUCCAUUCCCUAGACCAGGAAAUUAGAUCGGCCGUCAAAGGAUGGUUACAUCUGCCACCGAGUACGUGUGACGCCAUCCUUUAUGUGGGGUAUAAGGAUGGUGGACUGGGACUCCCCCGUCUGGCGAGCCAAAUUCUUAAUAUCCAGGCUCGCAGAUUGUUACGGAUUGCCCACUCCGAAGAUACCAUCAUUCGGAAUGUAGUCCGCCAGGAAGGGAUCCAAGAGGAGGUGAGGAAGGUUUGGAUCGCGGCGGGCAGGCGUCCUGACAAAGUACCAGCAGUGACGGAGGAAUUCCCCACGGUGGCUGCGGAGUCCUCGACGACCGGCGAGCCCUCGUCCGAGUGGGAGAAGGUUGCUCCAAGAGUCAUCUAUCCCGUUCCCUGCAGAUGGAGGAAAAGAGAAUUCGAGAAUUGGACCAAUCUAAAAUCUCAGGGCCGCGGAAUCAAGAACUUCGAGAAUGAUCAAAUUAGUAAUGAUUGGUUAAUUCAUUAUAAAGGUAUCCCACAUCGCAAACUAAUAACAGCCAUCCAACUGCGGGCUAAUGUAUACCCUACUCGGGAGUUUUUGGCCCGUGGAUUGGGUGAGGGUGCGGCAUUACAAAAGGUACGAGAGCAGAUACACCGAGUCUUACAAGACCACAACAAGAGCCGGAAGCCUAUACAAGAGCCAGCUCACCCAUACCAACUGGGGGACUUGGUGUACAUCAAAAGGUUCCGCACAGCAUCAUUGAAACCUCGGUGGACAGGGCCACACCAAGUGAUACUUCACACUCCAACAGCGGUGAAGGUCACCAGAAAACCUGCAUGGAUCCAUCCCUCCCACGUGAAACCGGCUCCUCCUCAACUGAAUCCAGAUUCAGAUAAGUGGACUAUUUCCAAGGACCCUAGUAACCCACUAAGGCUGGUGACUUUCCCACGAUCUUUUCACCUUGGUCUUAGUCCGGCUCAUUGUAUCCGACUUCUAUCGGGAAGCCUCCGUUACUUAGAUAUGCUCCCACACCCAUAUGACGAGCCUCGGCAACAGGAGGAACAGGGUACCAAACAGGGGGUCACGGGGCAACAGCGGCUCAGGGACACGGUCCCCAUUGUGGGGGAGGAAUUACUACAGGAG